AUGCAGGAGCCCAGGGUGGGGGCAUGGCAUGCAGCAGGGACCCUCGGCCUCACCAGGUGUCCUGAGCCUGACCAAGCCAGGAGGACUCUGAGCGCUAGAGAACUGAAGAGGGGAUGUGACCUCCGGCCAGGGGAUCUGAGCAAGCUGGCCAGGCCUCCCCCCUUUGGCGCCUCCGUCCAGCCCAAGUCCCGCCUGGGCCGCACCCCCUGACUCACUUCCUUUGCAUAGAAGCGGAAACCUCCCCAGAGCUUCCUCUGCUCCGGCCGGCCGCUCCCUGGGGACCCGCAGGUGUCGCUGCCCCUCCAGGCCGGAGCUGGCCCAGGAGGCCCCUGGCCCACCCCCUCGCCCUGGGAGGCGCAUUUCCUGCUUGGAGUUUCAGGCCCCAGCGUCUGGCACAGGCAGGGGCCCGCGGAGCUGAGGGCAGUGGACCAGCUGCAGGGAGGGCGACCUGUAUGCGGAGCGCCGUUCCUGCGCCAUGGACCGCGGCCAGCCCAGCCUGGAGCCUGCUGCCGCGGCCCCCCGAGCCUCGGGCCGGUGCGUGAUCGCGCCCGUGCGCGCUGUGCUCCGCCUGCGCCGCCGGGUGUGUGUCCUACGCAAACGGCGCCUCCUGCAGCCGGGUGGGGGGCCCGACGUCGGGACCGGGGCGCCCAGGCCGGGCUACAGCCCCCGGGCGCCGCGCGCGGACCUGGACCAGCCGCAGUUCUUCACCUUCGACGGCCCCGCGGAGCUACCCUCCAGGACGCCACGCAAGAAGCGCCGGCGCAGCCGCCUGGUGCUUUACCCGGAGACUUCGCGCAAGUAUCGGCCGCGCGUGGAGCACAGGAGUCGCGCGCAGCGCUGCCUGCUGCUGCUAGUUGCCAUCGUGGGCUUCCAAGUUCUCAACGCUAUCGAGAACCUGGACGAUAACGCGCAGCGCUAUGACCUCGACGGGCUGGAGAAAGCGCUGCAGCGCGCGGUGUUCGGCCAGCCCGCUGCCGUAGCGCGCAUCGUGGCGCUGAUGCGGGACUACCUGGCCACGCAUGUGCACAGUCGUCCGCUCCUCCUGGCGCUGCACGGGCCCAGUGGCGUGGGCAAGAGCCACGUGGGCCGCCUGCUGGCGCGCCACUUCCGCUCGGUGCUGGAGGAUAGCGCGCUCGUGCUGCAAUACCAUGCGCGGCACCACUGCCCCGAGGCGCGCGCCGCACAGGACUGCCGCGAGGAGCUGGCGCGGCGCGUGGUCGACGUGGUGGCGCGGGCCGAAGCAGAGGAGAAGACCCCACUCUUGGUGCUGGACGACGUGGAGCUCAUGCCGCGGCCGCUGCUGGACGAGCUGCACGGCUUCCUGCAGCCGCAGCGCUCCCACCACUUCCACAACGCCAUCUAUGUGCUCCUCAGUGGCGCGGGUGGCGCCGAGGUCACGCGCUUCGUGCUGCAGAACGCGUCCCGCGCGCUGCCCCUGCGCCCCGACGGCUUCCGCAGUGCCGAGGCCGCAGCGGCGCAGGCGGAAGACCUGCGCGCCAGCCUGCUGGCUCUGCUGUCCCGGGAGCAUCCGCUGUGGCAGGCCGCGGCCAUCGUGCCGUUUCUGCUGCUGGACAAGCGGGAUGUGGUCAGCUGCUUCCGGGACGAGAUGGCGGGCGAGGGCUUCUUUCCUGACCAGGCCCGCGCGGAGGCCCUGGCCGCGCAGCUCAGCUUCUACCGCGUGGCUGGCCGCGAGUUUGCUGUCACCGGCUGCAAGCAGGUGGUGGCCACGGUGAACCUCCUGUAGUGGAGGCGCAGGACGGGACGUUUGGGUUGAUGGCAGCAGUAGGAGGGCGACCAGGGACCUUGUGGGCUGGUGCAGGCCCCUGAGGUUUCCAGUGAAUGUGUGGCUGCCCGGCUGGUGGGUGCGGAUCAGCUUGGAGCUCUGCUUCCAGGUCCACACCCGCCUCAGAGUCCCGAGUCUGUCCCUGGGGGCGGCAGGAGAGCAGCCACCUCCCUCCCGAACUCGCCCAUUGCCCUGCUGGGCAUCCCAGGCAUGGUCGGGUGCGUUCUCCCUGUGGCCUCAAGAGGUGGGUUCCCACGGUACAAGGAUGAUCUCAGGGCCAGCAAUUCCCGAGGUCACACAGCUGGGACGUGACCCCGCCUCUUGGGGGUGGUCGCGUGUUGCUCAGUGCUGGGGUGGGGUUCUCAUUCCGGCCCCCCUGGAGAUGACCCCGGAGGAGGCCACAGCCAACCAUGACAGUGCUGGGGCCCUGGCCGUCUUCUCCACCCACCCCACCCCUCACUCAGGUCGUGUUUUCAGGAGCUCAAGGCUUGCGUGUCUUGACCGUAAGGGGAGGGGAGCGGAGGCAGAGGCUCCUCAGGCAGCCUCUCCCCCUCCUUCCUGGACCCCCCAAACCCGUGCCCGCCAGCCCUGGCUUGGGCUCACUGGGUGACCGAGAGCCCGCGGGGCAAGCGGGAGGUGCCUAGGCCUCUCCCCAUCCCCCUCUUCUCCGCACGUGGGACCCUUAGCCCGUGGCCAGCCCCCCUGGUCACCACGAUUGCGCGACCUCCCUUUCCCUGGGGACUUUUGUGCCUGGAGUUCCGCCCACCCUCACCCUCUGCGCAAAGCGCCUUCCCCACGCCAGUCGACCCCACACCCGACACUCCCCACGCUCCGCCUCCCGGAAGCCCUCCUGGACGCCUCCUGUGGAUGGGCCCACCGCGCCCACGGGGGCUUUAGGGGAAGGUGCUUUGGGCGCUUUUUGCGCCAUGUCUCCUCGGGGGCGGCGGUUUUCUCGGGACGGUUCUCGCCUCCUCCCACAACCCCAGUGUCCGGGACGCACCCGGCAGCCUCACUGCUGCCGCCCUGUGGCGCGCCCGGCCCAGCCGGUGGCUUCUGUGGUCGCCGGGGGCUGAGCGCGCGGCUGGGCCCUGAGUCCUCCAGGCCGCCCCGAGCCUGUCCCCGCCGCCGGCCCCGCUGCAGUCCCAACCCGGGCCUGCCCGGGAGGAGCGCACGGGCGGCGAUGACCGGUCCCGAAAGGGGCUCAGAGGGCAGCGAGGUUUCACGCCGGUGCGGGGCGCAGUCGAGGUGGGGGCACCGCGAAGGUGGAGGCGGGGCCGCGCCGGAAGCCCCGAGUCGAGCGCUCACGGCGCGCGCCCCUGGCAAGUGGGAAUCCUCCGGCCCCGAGGCCUGAACUCAGCCCGGAGAUCGCGCCCGCCAGCGCCGGUGUCCCUGGAGGGGCCCCGCUAGCUCCCUGAGCAGAGGUCCUGCGGGUCCCCGGAGGGUGUCCUGUUCUCUCCCCCUCCUCGCAUCCAUUCUCGCCCUGGUGGUUGGUGUCUGUGGUCCAGGGCGAGGGCCGUCUAGUGGAGACGGGGAUUCAGGCCUCUUGAAAGUCUGGUAUCUCUGGGCGGAUGGCAGCGGCUCCCCGGAGCUCGAGCUCGGCCCGCAGGUCCUGGGCCCAGGGCGGGAGCGCUGGCGAGAGGGCUGCCCCGUCCUGCCCCAGAGGGUCCUGAGGACUCCCGCUGCUCCUGGAGUCUGGGGGAGGGGUCUGGCUCCACGGGGUGGGGGUGGGGGCUACCAGGAAACCUUUGCCUCCUGGGGCUGUGCAGGACCGGCUAGCCAGCGCUGGGAGCUAGGGCUGAGUUCAGCCCAGCUCUGUCCACCCCACCCCCAGGGCUAGGGGAAGGAGCUGGGAGAAGGAGCCCCACCUCUCCCAGGCGAGUAUCUGUCCCAGGAGCCCACACAGAGCGACACCCAGCUCUGGUCUGGCCUUCGUGUUGGCUUCAAGGUGGUAACAGAGAGAGCUGCAGAGUGGGGGUGUGUUUGCCAGUCCCUGCAUGGGUGAAUGUUGGGGUGCCCACUGCUCCCCAGGCAGGACCCCCAGGACUGUCACCUCCCCUUCCCACAGAGCACCCACCUGGAGGUGUCACCUGCCGGCAAGCGUGGGCCAUUCAUCCACCUGUCAGUCAACAACACCCGCUGAGCAUCCGCUUGUAUCAAAAGGUCCAGACCUAAGGGGAAAUUUUCUCUUUCUUUUCCCUCUUUCUUUCUUUCUUUUUUUUUUGACACAGAAUUUUGCUUUUGUUGCCCAGGCUGGAGUGCAAUGACACGAUCUCAGCUCACUGCAACCUCUGCCUCCUGGGUUCAAGCGAUUCUCCUGCCUCAGCCUCCCGAGUAGCUGGGAUUACAGGCGCCCGCCACCACGCCCGGGUAAUUUUUUUGUAUUGUUGGUAGAGACGGUGAUUCACUAUAUUGGCCAGGCUAGUCACGAACUCCUGACCUCGUGAUCCACCCACCUGGGCCUCCCAAAGUGCUGGGAUUACAGGUGUGAGCCACCGUGCCCGGCCUCUUUUUAUUUAUUUCUAAAAUAUUACAUUGAGUCCAAAUUGUGUGCUUAAGAAGAACGUGCACCAAGUGCUGGGGUGGGGGCUGGUUAUAAAUGAGGCCACAAAUCAUGCUUGUUAAUAAAUUGUGUGGUUCAAA